AUGUUUGAGUUACAAAUUUCUUCUGUCUACACAAAAAAUCCUGGAAAACAACUGUACACAGUGGGUCUUGUUGAUUUAAGGUAUAGCUCUGGUAGUGUUGUUGCUAAAGUAGAGCUCAAGUUUGAAAGAUCUGUUCUUGAUCCUUUGAAACCACUCGAAGAUGAAAUCAAAGAUGGAAAGCUUGGGUCAUUCACAGUGAGCCGUGAACUUGAUUUGAAUCCAACUUCGGUUCCCUUUACAAACUUCUCAGCCACAGCUGCCUCCUUCACAAACGUUACGUCCACAGGUUAUCUCGUUACAAACAUUACGGUCACAGCUAAUCCCUUUACAAACAUAACGGUCACAGCUGUUCCCUCAACAACCAGUAGGGCAUCAGCUGUUCCCUCAACAACCAGUAGGGCAUCAGGUGCAGAUCAAAGUGGCGAUCGGAAAAAGCAAACUAUGCUUCACGUCAUUUACUCGACGACAAUAUUUCUACUUUUGGUGAUUAUCAUUGUGUUAGUGUUUGUCAUUUGGAGAGGGAAGAAUAGGCAAGGCUCAUUAAAGCAAAAAAGUCAGCAGCAUAAUCACCGAAAAAACCACAUUGAUCUCCAGGCUAACGUCAAUAUGAAGAAACACGAUAACAGUUUGUAGACAAAUAUUGACGACGUUUUAGUGUAAGAAAGCGUAGACCAACUUUUAGCGAUAACUGAGUGCAAGUUAGUUAGAGAGGAUAUGUAAUAUGGCGCAUAAAAAAACUCCGCCCAUUUAUGUAGACCUAGAACUGUGAAUACAUUUAAUUCACCUUCAUGCUGCUGAUGUUCGCCCAUAGAAGUUCACGUCUUUCUGUUUUUAGUAACCGGUAAAAACAUGCAUAUAUCCUAAUUACACUAUGUGGUUUGAGUUCUAGAACUUGAUAGUUCGGAUUUCCGAAAGUUCCGAUUUUCGUCAGAAGUAUUCCCAACCAGAUAGAUUUAACUCUGGGUCUAUACCCUUCGGAUCAAUGUCAUUUUCAUAGCUGUUCAUGUCGACGUAGCAAUAAAAGUGUACUUCGUUUACAUUGGGCGCCCUAACUGAGUCCUUUUGGUGGUAUUAUGAACUUCAGUUGCUACAAAACUCUUAACUGUGAAUUAUUACUGUAACGUAUUUAGUUGAUUAAAUUGAAUAUAUGAUAGAUCAGAAAAUAAAUUAAUUGAAAAAUUGAUCAUUAAUUAUCGUCACAAGAAAGUGUUAAAUUGAUCUGAUUGUAGGUAAAU